CGCACAUUGUAGUAUUGUUGACUCCACCAAUGCUGUUUGUGUUUUGAUGUCUAGAUAGUAGUAGAUUGAUCUAGAUUUAUGUCUAUACUAUUUUAUGUCAAUUUAUGUUGAUAUGGUGUUGAAAUAGAAAUAAUCAUAAAUAUUCUUAGACGCCUUUGAGUGCUAUACAAGAAACUUCAAUUAUGACUAGUCCAAAAAAGCAAAAGAAAAGCAAGAAAAAAACAGAACUAUUAUAUAAAGAAAACCCAGAAAAUGGUUCUGCUAAUGGAUUUGUUGGAACCAACUUACAGACUUCUAUUACACCAGACCAAUCAGAUGCCACUAUUGCCAAGAAACAUAACAAGAAGAAAAGGAAGAAAAGUAUUGAAGAAAGUACUGGUAUUGAAAAGAUCCACAGCGUAGAAGACAUUGUUACCCAAAGUGAUGUUAGUUCUACGAAGAAAAAGAAGCACAAGAAAAAGUAUGAAGUAAAUACAGGCCUCUCGUCUGAUCAUUUAAUUGAGACUGAUGCCACCGCAGAAACUGUCACACAACAAAGCAAACAUAAAAACAAAUGUCGUGAGUCUAACCAUUCAGAGAAAAUGGACAGUACAAAUAUUGUUAAAAUAAAAAAGAAAGACCAAGAGACAUUGCAUUGGGAAGACAAAGGUGAAGAAAAGGUACAGAAAACCAAGAAGAAAAAACGAAAGAACAUUGUAGCAGAAGAGUCUGCAGAUUUAAGUCUUAGUGACAAGACAGAAGAUGUAGGGGAAGAAACUGUUCAAGAAAGAGCACAAAAAACAAAGAAGAAAAAGAAAUCUGUAUCAGCAGAAUCUGUUGAUUCAAGCCUUGUUGACAAGCUGGACAUCAAGAUAGAACAUUUAGAAACUGGAGAAGAAAAGGCACAAAAACACAAGAAGAAAAAGAAAUCACCAGAAUCUACAGAAUCAACCCUUAGUGAAAAGCUUGACAUCAAGACAACAGAUGAUGUAGUGGAUGACAUCAGUGAACAUUCAAAGAAAUCCAAAAAGAAACAUAAAAAGCGAAAAAAUGAUGAUCAGGAUUUAGAGCUUGACAACAAACCUAAAAAGAAGAAAUUAUCCAAGGAAACUAAUGUUGAGGCUGACAAUUGUACCGAGCACGGAGUACAUGAUGGUGGAGAAGGGACAAAGAAAUAUUCCAAACAAUCUUCUGUUAAUGUCAAGGAGUCGGCGGAAUCACAAGUAGAAAAAGUUCAUCAGAAAAAACAUGAUAAAGAAACAAAAAACAAUAAUGUAUCGAGCAGCAAAAGUGAUUCAUUAGAUAAUAAAUGCAUCAACUCUAGUUCUACUUCUACUCAUGCAGAGGAUCCUUUGAAUCCAGUUGUCGAGAAUCAGUGGAAAGGUAACCUAUUUAACAAUACUGAUCGACAAACAAAAUUUCUUCGCCUGAUGGGUGGGAUGAAGAAGGAGCAGACUGGCCAAGCUAAAAAAGGUCUGUAUGGCUCUCUGUCCUCACUCUGUAGCAAAACUGAGUCUCAGUCCAGAGGUCAAAUAGCAUUGUCCACAUCAGCAGCGGAUGAACUAAAUCAGAAACUCGAAGAUGAAUACAAUAAAGCUCUUAAUUUAAAACUCUCCAAGAAAAAAGGCACUGGCUUUGGAUUUACACCAGACCCAGCAGAGGGCAAGAAAUUUCACAUUGACAUCAAUAAAACCAACUCAAUUCAAUUUGAUGAUUAAUGUUGAUUUGUGUUAUGUCCCUGGCAGGACUUUUAAUAUGUACAUUUUUAUACCAGUACUAUGCACAAUUUGUUUAUGAAGUUAAGAACUUGAUUUAGUAUACUUAUUUUUUGGUGAAGUAAUCAAUUAUCUGUACUAUCUUAAAUAUUCAUGUUAUAAUGAAUUUUGAAAAUGUUUCAAAUUAAAUUUGACACUAUUGUUGAACCAUGUAUAAUUAUGGGUACAGGUAUAACUAAGACUAUUGUUUUAAUAUAUGCUAUGCUUUUACAAUAAAAAAAUAAAUAUAUUGUU